AUGCGUUACCAAGAGUUCGGACCGCCACUGCCUGUGUCAGACGAUCUCUGGCGAGCAAAAACCAGGGCGGACAGAACAAACUUGCAGUGGUAUGAACCGGCAGGCCGGACCAAAAGUGCAUUUUUCACAAUGGUUCGCGACGGACUGGAGUCGCGGGGGUUUAUGACUGGGUGUCUUCGAAUGCCUCAACUGUCCCUGGAGGAUAAUCAUUUCAGUCUCUGUGCGUUCUUGUCGGAGCUAUGGGGGGUUUCUAAAGAGGCCCACGAGGAACAUCAUCGACACUACCGCUCACCUGAAUUGAACCGCACCGCAGACCGAGUCAAGCUCUGGAAAGGAUAUCCUCAGGACUGGCGAAUCCAUAUUGAAGAUACCGACAAGCUGGAAGAUGCCUUCUUUGGGGAAUGUUUAAGCGACUGCAACCAUUUCCUCGGUCUCGACCUUACCCUGUACCACCUUCUCUGCCUCAAGCUCUAUGCCAAUCUCCGGUUGCUCGAGCACAAGAAAUGCUGCUCGGGUUGCCAGGAAGCCAACAGCGAAAAUGUCAUUAGUAUCUGGGCUCGAUCUCCAGACGGUCGUCAGGCGGUCUACCACGCCGCCCAAUUGAAGCGUAUCUAUGAGCGUGAGAGCAGACUCUACAAGCCCAACGACCAACGUCUGUGCAACGUACUAGGACCUGCUGGCUUGUUUGCUAGUGCCAUAGUUCUCUGCACCUACAGCGCCAAGGCGCCUGGCGUUAACACGCCUGAGGGCGACACCGUUAUGACAGCGCCGCAUGAUGAAAUCGAGCUGGGUCAGUCGAAUCUGGUGGGCUCGCCUGAAUUCGAGAAUUGGAUUUCUGAGGGUGGCCCCGCGAGCGUGGACGGGGUCUCCCUGCAUCCUUUUUCGGUACCCCUCUUCUCGUCAUGGCACCGUGAUCGGUUAGAAACAUGCCCUGUCUACUCGUCGCGGUUGGUCACCUUCCUCCUCACAUUAAAGUUCUGA